AUGGCGAAGAAGUCGGACAAAGUAUCAGCCGCCACCAAGCAUGCGCCGAAAGACGAGAAAUCUACCAAUGGCGCAAAGGACAACACUCGACCCACAAAACGAGCCAAGCUGCUGGAUGAUGAUUCCAGCGACAAUAGUGACUCUGAAGAGGCCGGAGGUGUCAUCUUGAGCAAAGAUGAUGAUGAUAAAGAUGAAGCAGGUUUCAAGAUCAACAAGGAGUAUGCACGGAGAUUUGAACACAACAAGAAGCGAGAAGAAAUGCAUAGAUUGGAGGAAAAGUACGGUAAAGACAAUGCUUCCAAGAAGCGAAAGGCUUCGGACGGUGAGGGUUCCGACGAGGAAUCGGACUCCGAAUCUGAGUCGGAGGACGACGAUGCUCUUCUAGCAACGGAGGCUUUGGACCAAGAAAUCAACGCCACGCUUCAAGCAAUCCGUGCCAAGGAUCCGCGGGUCUAUGACAAGGAUGUCACAUUUUACAGCGAAUUCAACCCGGAUUCGGAACAGGCAACUUCCGAAAAGAAGGAGAAGCCUAUGUUUCUGCAAGACUAUCACCGGAAGAAUCUCCUUGAAGGCAAAGUUGGCGCUGAGGGCGAAGAAGACGAAGAUGCGCCGCCCAGGACGUAUGCCCAGGAGCAGGACGACUUGAAGAAGAGUAUCCUCAAGGAAAUGCAUGCCGCUGCUGAUAGUGAGAAGGAGGCCAGCGAUGACGACCAGGAGGACGAGGAUGGUGACUUCCUGAUCCGCAAGGGUCCCAGCCAUGAACAACUGGCCAAGGAAAUGGCUGCAGAAGCCGCAAAGAAGCCUGUCGCGCUGGACGUUGCCAGUGCGGACCAGGACCCCGAAAAAUACUUGUCCAACUUUAUGACCGCUAGGGCCUGGCUGCCAAGUGGUGGGUCCAAAUGGCAAGCUUUUGAAUCUGACGAUGAAGACGACGAGCGCCGCGCCGAUGAAUUCGAACAAGCUUAUAACCUCCGGUUCGAAGACCCACAAGCCGCAAACGAGAAGCUCAUCUCCCAUGCUCGUGAUGCUACAAACAAAUACUCUGUGCGACGUGAGGAGAUAAGCGGGCGCAAGAAGGCCCGUGAGGCUGAGCGGGUCAAGAAGGAAGCUGAAAAGGCCGAGCGCACUGCGGACAAGGCCCGGCUGCGGAAACUCAAGAUUGAACAAAUGGAGGAGAAGGUCAAGAAGAUCAAGGAAGCCGCUGGAGUCAAGGGCCAGGCUCUCGGUGAGGACGACUGGGCAGAGUUCCUUGAGGAAGGCUGGGAGGGAGACAAAUGGGAAGAGGCGAUGAAGAAGCGGUUCGGCGAGGACUACUAUGCCGAGCAAGAUGCCGCAUCCUCAUCCGAAGGCGACGCUGGCGCCGAUGGAGGCGAGAAGCAGAAAAAGAAGAAGCCCAAGAAGCCUACUUGGGACGACGACAUUGAUAUCAAAGACCUCGUGCCGGACUUUGAAGAUGAGGAAUCCGGGAAGAAGCCCGACAUUACCUUGUCUGAUGAUGACGACGAAAACAACAAUGGCGAAGAUGCCGCUCAGGCGAUCGCCAACGCCGCAAACGAGGACGAGGACGAAGACGGCGACGUUGACAUGGAUGAUGCCGACGCCGAUGGCGAAGCCACCAAGGCCAAAGGCAAGACCAAGAAGGACCGCCUGCGGGAACGCGAGGAAGCCAAACGCUCCGCCCGCCGUGAGCGCCGCAAGAUUGAACAGUUCGUUGACUCAAAGAUGGACAUGGAAGACGCGCUGGCCAUGCCAGGCGCUUCCAAGGCCGCCUCUGGUCGGUUCAGGUAUCGCGAGACUUCGCCCACCGCGUACGGUCUCACCCCACGCGACAUUCUUAUGGCUUCGGACACACAACUUAACCAAUUCGCUGGUCUGAAGAAACUCGCUGCCUUCCGUGACGCCGAGAAGAAGCGCAAGGACAAGAAGAAGCUCGGCAAGAAGGCUCGUCUGCGGCAAUGGCGUAAAGAAACUUUUGGCGAUGAGGACGGCCCUACAUUGGAGCUGCGUGAGUAUCUCGCUCGCGAGGCGGGCGUGCCUAUCGAGAGCCUAGGAAAGGGUGAAGGCUUUGCGCGUCCAGGCGCUGCCGCGUCUCAAGGCAACGAGGACGAAGGAGGUGUGGACAUCCGCGAAGGUGGAAAGAAGAAGAAGAGACGGUCGAGAAAGAACAAGCAGCCCCAAGGCGAAAAUGAGAUUGCUGCGUAA